GCAGCACUAACGUGUUUGACCUACUCUCGCCUGUAGUUGAGGGAGAAAACGAGUCCAGGCUUCUAGCUCGAGCGGUGAAAGUAGUGUCUAGGAUUCAUUCGAAAGCGAGGUUAGGAGAGUUUUGCAGAAAAGCCCGCGGAUACGCAAACAGGUUUGAUCUGGCGUUUGAAGAAAUUUACCCAUAGGUGGAUGAUAAUCCAAGAGGACCAACUUCUCGCAAACAUUUAUUUGUAGAGAGCAAGAUGUUUGAAAUACUGGAUACUUUGAAUCACAGCUUCAAAGCUUUCCUUGAUCAAGGAGAUCCCCGAGUGAAUGAAUGGCCUAUGAUGAAGACCCCCUUCCCGGGCAUGGCCAUGAUCGCUGCUUACAUUUACUUCGUCAAAGUGGCUGGGCCACAGUUCAUGAAGAAUAGGUCCCCAUAUGAUCUACGCUGUCUUAUGGCUAUCUAUAAUUUCGUUCUUGUCUUCCUCAACUUAUGGAUAUUUUUAGGCAUUGGCUGGUACGGUUGGUUCAACGGCUAUAGUUUGAAAUGUCAACCGGUGGAUUAUUCCAAUGAUCACAGUGCAGUCAAGAUGGCAGAAAUGGGCUAUUGGUUUUAUAUUACGAAGUUUAUAGAAUUUGCCGAUACAAUCUUCUUCGUGCUGCGAAAAAAAGAUAGUCAAAUAUCGGCUCUACAUGUUAUUCAUCACAGCAUUGUACCUUUUAGUCUGUGGUUUGGUGUAAAGUAUGCUCCAGGUGGAUACAAUGCCUUCUUUCCUUUCCUGAAUUCCCUUGUCCACGUGAUCAUGUACACUUAUUACGGUUUAGCAGCUCUGGGAGAGAGAUAUAAGAAAUACUUAUUCUGGAAGAAGUAUAUGACAUACAUCCAAAUGGUGCAGUUCAUUGGAGUGAUAAUUUAUGCCAUAUCCCUGUCAUAUAACAAGUGUGACAUAUCGAAAACUUUUAUCGUUAUGAACUUCAUCCAUGCUUUGUUGUUUUUUGGCUUGUUUCUUAACUUCUUUGUUAAAAACUAUUCCAAGAGGCCAUGUUUUAAAUUCUCUCCUAUUUCGGUGCCAUCAGGUAAAACCUUGCGUUCAGAUAUCACCGGCACUGUGCAUGAGCAUAUAAGUAUCUCUGCAAUACUUCAGAAAGCUCAGAAGAAUGGCGGUCACGUUAGUCACUUGGUAUCGCAAAUGAAUCGCGAAGCUGAGAGCUUACGAGGACAACUUGACAGCGGAGCUGUAGAAACGUGUUGUCACCUCAAUUGCAUAGCAAGUCGCGACCCAGCCUUCACAAAGUGUGGUAAGUCUUUCAACUACUGCCUACCACAGGCGCUGACGAAGCAAAAUACAGCUCUUGCAUACUCAGAGUCCUCUACGGCAAUCAAGAAACUCAAAGCAUUGUGAAAGUUAACCACAAAAUUGAAUUUCUGAACAGAUUUUUGAGAAGAAAUUGCUAUGUCUGUGGACCUAUGGUGGGGACUGACACUGAUGUACAGUUCUUUUAAUGUAUAUAGAUAGCUUGAGAUAUGUCUAUUUGUAAAGCUUCCAGUUAGAGAAUAUCAGCAAGGAAACACCAAAAGUGUUAUCUUGAACGAGGUAAUAUAAUUGUAUUUAGAAAGCAUAAAGAAUAAGAUAAAACUAUUAAAUUUGAUGUUAAAUAUUUUGUUUUUCCAUUCACUUUUUAAAAUUGAAUACAACUUUGAAACUAAGUACUUGGAAGUAUUGUGUUACAUAAAAGUACAUUUUUUACAAAAACAAAAAUUUACAAUUUGAAUUUUUAAUGAUUUUUAAUGUAGUUCAAGGUUUUAAUUUGUGAGACUUGCUAGAGUUUAGUUUUUUAAGUCUUCAUAAAGUGCACAUAUCCAUUUUGGUGCAAUUUUUUUAUGUAUGGAGAUAAUAUAUCUUGUAGUAUUCUGGUACUAGAGUUAUAAAGCAUGCAAGGUUGUAUCCAAAUGUUUUUCAUUAAAAUUUCAUUUAAAAAUU